UGUACCGACGUCGUUUUAUUUUUUCGCAGUUCGCUUUCUGUCACGGACGAAUCUCGGUUACGGAAUUGCCUUUUACUUUUAAGCGCAAUGCAACAUUCCAUCUUUUGGAUGGCCAGUACUUUAUUCUUUGGCCUAAUCGCCUUAGAAAUAUCUUGUGAACCUUUUGCAAAACAUAUAGAGACGCAUUUUACAUCACCUUUAAUCAGGGAACCUGAUUUUGAUGAUCACAAUUGGUGGGAUGUCCAACACACAUCUUUCCCGUAUUCUUGGAGACACGAAAACCGCGGUCGGAAAUUAUGGCACGACAACAGACCAGAACCUCCGAUGUCACCUUUUCACCCAGGUGAAUUACCCAUAGGACUUCGGACUCCUUUUCCAGGCUUCAGGGAUUCGAUUUACGAAAGAGUGAUCAAACCUCACUUAAGUUAUAGCUUUGUCGCACGUCAAAAUAAUGCAGUUAACUAUGUAGAGAAAAAUGUUCUCUUUCGACACGAGGUGGAAAACUUUAAAUACCAAUCUAAAAGGCACCAAAUUAAAAAAUCUCGGCUCAGUAGAACAAACUAUCAAGAUAAGGAGAUUAACAAUGCGAAAUUAUUUAACGGCCACAAACCUCAAACACCUGGAAUUGGCGAUUUACCUGUUAGCGAUCCUUGGAAGCCCAUCCUGUAUAACGAAUUUGUCUACAAUCCUUAAACCAAGUUGAUUUGGCUCUGCUUUUAAAUGUCCCUGAUGUAAUACGUAUUGCAUUUGAUCUAUCCAAAUUGAAAUAAAUGAAGCAAACCUUUUUUUUAAA